CACCUAAUCAUUUGACAAGGAAGAUUGAAGAACAGAGCAAGAAAGGCACGCUCAUGUGAUAAAAGUCAUAGCUUCAAUAUAUUUUUUGUAUUUCCCCCAAGACAUUUUUAAUUUGAAUAACAGCUUCUUUUUCAUUCUCCUCCAAACAAGAAAAGAAGCAUAAUUGGGGUCGACUGCGCUGAUUUGUCCACCACGUUCCACUUCUAUAAAUAUAAUUUUUUUAAAAUUAAUAACAGCCUUCGAAUGUACCACUGGCAUUGAUAGUAGCUUGAGAGUUGUGAUGUUGCUUUAUUUCUUUACAUUCUCCUGUCCCUGUUUUUCCAACUUCUUCCCCCUAUAAAAACUGAAGAUAAAGUCCUCAUAAAAUCGGGAAAAUGGACAGGCAUUUUGUAGAAGAGUGUAUUUCAAAUUCGAAGAUGAGGGCUAUUGCUGACAGUGAUGAUGAAAAAUGGUUACUUUCAGAAGAUCCCAACAACAAUGAUCUGGUGGAAGAAGAAGAAGAAGACGAUGAUGAUGAAGAAGCAUUGUCUCUGUGUGAUCUUCCAAUCAAUGAAGAAAAUCGUCAAUCAAGGAAAGAGACGGUUCCUCCACCUAAACCCAUUGCCGAUCCUUCAGAAGACUUCAAUUUCUGCUCGUGGGUAGAUCCAAUUUCGAAAGAACCCGAAAUGUGUGCAGCCGAUGAAGUGUUCUUCCAAGGGCAAAUCUUGCCAAUGCGCCACUCAAUCAGCUUUGACAAUGGCCGGAACACAACAAUUAGGUGCCUUUCAAGGUCAGAAUCAAUGGGCCAUUCCUCUUCUUAUUCAGUUGGUUUUACCAGUGCGAGUAGCAGAAGUAGUAGUAUAAACAGCCAUCACUCAUCAAUUAGUACCGGAAGUACUAAUUCUUGUUCUUCGAGCAUUAAAUUUCCCAAAAACAAAACCAGAUGUCCAAAGACUCCAAUUCAGUUCCAAUUCUCCCACCCGAGUCCUAAACCUCAAAUCCGACAUUCCAAAUCUAAGAACAGAGGAAAUACCAGCAUUCAUUCCAACCAGAAUUCAACGUUUUGGAGUUUCCUCAGAGUUGGGUUGGUGACGACGCCAGAGAUCGCAAUGCAAGACCUCAAAUUCCGAAGUAAGAGCAACAAUAGUUCGAAGAAUUUCGGCAGUCGGAAUAGCACCAGCAACCUUAACAGUACAACCGUUAAGGAAACCGGUGAGAAAAAACAGGGGAGACAUCAGAGAAAAUUCUUUGACAAAAACAGCGUCUUUUUCAGCGGGUGUAAAUGUUCAUCUAAUUCGGUUGUCGGGCCAGUUCCUUCAAGGGUUCCAAUCAAUUCAGUCACGAGAAGUGCCAGUGCAAAAGGGAUGGCCUCUCAUGCAGAUCAAGAAGAAGAUGAUAUCAGGACCACAAAACAUCGAGAAACAGGAAGAAAGCAAUCGUUGUCACGUCAUCGUACGUUUGAAUGGUUAAGGCAGCUUUCACUCGAAGCUGCUGCUGCUGCUUCUCCUGUUGUGAUUGAUGAAGCAGAAAAGAAUCAACAACAUUAGUAGUCAUAUCAAAUCGCGCAUGCUUGUCAAUUUUAGCCUUUUUUUUAAAGUUGUAGGAUCCUUGAGUUUUUUUCCCAAUUGUUCCCUUUACUAAUCUUCAGAUCAGUUGCUUUAUACUAAUAUACAUGAUAUUAUUAUAAUAUUGUUAAUUUGAAAUCUAGAAUGUGUCAAAAGUAACCUUUGGAGGAAUUAAGAUGUAUUAAGUAAUGUUUUUUGAAGCCUUUAUACUGCGUGAUUAUGAUUGAAGCAGUGAUUUGAGCGGUGGCAGCAGGAGGAAUGUGGUGGUGUACUGGUGGUAGUGGGGCUCAUGAUUAAAGUCUGAUGCUUUUUCUUUUUUCUAAAAUCUCUGGCGUGUGAAAAUGGCAUUUUCAUGAAACCUUUGAGCUUUAGUGGAAGAGACGAG